AUGGAAGACACCAUGGCAUUGCCAUGGCCAGCGAUAGGCAAGGUGGCGCUAGAGGGUAAGGAAGCACAGACACAGGUGACGCCAAAGGCAUGGGAUGCUGGAGUAGUGGGCAGCGCUGGUAGAGGUACAGGUGUAAGCAUAAAAGGUGACGCAGACAUAGGCACAGAAGGCAACGUAGACAUAGGCACAGGAGGCACUAGCAGGAAGCUGGGCGACAGCUCCAGUGAGCUAGGCUCUGGCGAGCAAUUGUUUGGCAUUAGUGGAGAGCAGAUACGAUGGCGAACCCUGCACAAGCUUCUUAGCAAGGCAAGGGAGCAGUAG